CCAAAAUGGCGGCCAGUCCUCCGACUCCAACUUUGAAGAAAGAUAAGAAGGAUGAGUCUUUUCUCGAUAAACUGGGUACCAUUGCCCGCAGAAAGAAGGCGAAAGAAGCCACUGAGAUCAUGGAAGAAGGGAAGAAUGCAAUAGAGUCUCCUACCAGCCCUAACAUACCGGAUCUUGGUCCUGAGGGAUACCUGCUAGAGGAGAAUGAAGAGAGAUCUAUGAUUGAACCCUACUCUAGGGAGAAUGGGAAAGUCCAAGAGUUGAUAAAGAUGUUGUUGGACUGGAUAAAUGAUGAGGUAGCUGAGCAUAGGAUUAUUGUGAAAAAUAUUGAAGAAGAUCUCUUUGAUGGCCAAGUCCUACAGAAACUUAUAGAAAAACUUGCCAAGAUCAAAAUUGAAGUCCCCGAAGUGUCACAGUCAGAGGUAGGGCAGAAACAGAAAUUACGUAUCAUUCUCGAUGUUGCCAACAGGAUCCUCAAUCUCCCACCAUCUUGGAACCAUCAAAAAUGGAGUGUUGACAGCAUUCACUCCAAGAAUUUAGUGGCAAUCCUCCACUUGUGUGUUGCAUUGGCGAGACAUUUCCGUGCACCAAUCAGAAUGCCAGAAAAUGUGAUGGUCCAAGUGGUUGUUGUUCAGAAAAGAGAUGGCCUAUUGCAGACCAGGCGGGUAGCUGAAGAAAUCACAACUACGAACGAUGAUAUUGGUGCUCGAUUUGAGAGAGAUGCUUUCGACACACUCUUUGAUCAUGCUCCUGAUAAGUUGAAUCUUGUCAAAAAGUCCCUGAUCACAUUUGUUAACAAACAUCUAAACAAGAUCAACCUAGAAGUUACAGAUCUGGACAGUCAGUUUGCCGAUGGUGUUUAUUUGGUGCUAUUGAUGGGACUACUAGAGGGAUAUUUCACCCCACUCUACAGCUUUCAUCUUACUCCUGAGACCUUUGACCACAAGGUUCACAAUGUUGUGUUUGCCUUUGAACUCAUGCAAGAUGCUGGACUGCCCAAGCCUAAAGCCAGACCUGAGGAUGUGGUGAACCUUGACCUUAAAUCUACUCUAAGAGUUCUCUAUAACCUCUUUACCAAAUACAAAGGUGUCAGCUAAUCUAUUCACAUACAAAUUAUCAAAGUGGGUCAGGUUUACUGUGGUAUGGCAGGAGAGAUAUUUUUCCCCACAAGAUGGAACAUAAAGGAGCAUGCCAUAUUUAUUGACCUGUUCUUGACUUAGUUAAGAAAAAUCGGUCGGUCGACUUGAGGAGGAUGUAACAACAGUUACCAUAGUUACU